AUUUAUUGCUGACUCCGAGUGCCGAUCACUUCUGGGCUGUUUACAUGUUUUGGAUUGUAGCACCGGAGCACGUUGCAUGAUUGAAUGGAGUGCCGGCUUAUGGACUUAUAUAUGUAUAUAUGAUUGUUAGGCACAUUUGUAAAAGUUUGGCAUGAAAGUUUUCUAGCUCUGUUUCUUUUUUCCACCGUUGUUACCAACCAUCCUGGAACGUUUCUUUUCCUUGAUCCGUGCCCUGGAACAAGUGCUGAAAUUCUGACAUCUUGUGAAUGACGGAACAUACAGCUCUUUUUACAUCACGUUCUUUCAAAGGCUGUGUCUGCCAGACAUCAAACUGCCCGUCCUUUCUGCGCUCUCAGGAGGCAUCUGCCGGAGUAUUUUAUCUAUUGGAUGCCCACAUCAGACCACCCUGCCGCUCCCACCAGCACUCCCGGCAGCUCCUGAGAUGAACAAGCUGCGGCAGAGCCUGCGGAGAAAAAAGCCAACCUACGUCCCAGAGGCGAGUCGCCCCCACCAGUGGGGGGCAGACGAGGAGGCGGUGAGGAGGGGGAAAUGCAGCUUCCCUGUCAGGUACCUGGGGCACGUGGAGGUAGAGGAAUCCCGCGGCAUGCACGUAUGCGAGGACGCUGUCAAGAAACUGAAAUUGCUCGGGAAGAAGUCGGUAAAAGCCAUUCUGUGGGUGUCGGCUGACGGUCUGCGGGUGGUGGAUGAAAAGACUAAGGACCUCAUAGUGGACCAGACCAUUGAGAAAGUUUCAUUCUGUGCUCCAGACCGCAACUUUGACAAGGCGUUCUCGUAUAUAUGCCGGGACGGGACUACCCGGCGCUGGAUCUGUCACUGCUUCAUGGCCCUGAAAGACUCAGGGGAGCGCCUGAGUCACGCUGUGGGCUGUGCAUUUGCAGCCUGUCUGGAACGGAAGCAGAAGCGUGAAAAGGAGUGUGGCGUCACUGCAUCCUUUGACGCCAGUCGUACCAGCUUUGCCCGUGAGGGAUCUUUCCGCGUCACCUCUGCAUCCCAGCAGGCCGAGCGAGAGGAGGUCGUGCGGCAGGUUCAGGAAAAAAAGAAAGCUGAUGUGGCUCAGAAUCAGCCACUGAACGCAGUGUCUGUGGCACCACCACCCAAUCCCGUGUUACCGGCCCCAUCGGAGAACUCUCCUGUGCUGCAGGGUGUAUCAGUCCCAGCUGAGAAGGGGGAGGCAGGCAGCCAGCAUGCAAUCCCACGCAGACAUGCGCCCCUGGAGCAGCUUGUGAGACAGGGCUCUUUCCGUGGCUUUCCUGCCUUGAGCCAGAAGAACUCGCCCUUUAAACGCCAGCUAUCGCUGAGACUCAAUGAGCUGCCAUCCACUCUGCAACGCAAGACCAACUUCCAGGACAAGGGCCAAGUCCCAGAAAUGGAUCCUACAGGACCUCCGGACCCCGAUGGAAUUGGCGAUCUGUGCAACCAGAUCAAUAACUCGUUCACCAACCAUCCAUCGGAAGACCCCUUUGUCAAUGGGAAUGGGACUAGGACACCUCCUCAUGUGGCUGCCCUUCCCCCACCUCGACAGACCGCACAAAGUAUCACAGGUUGGCCAGAUCAAGCAGUGACCACCUCAACACCUUCUCACUUCCAUAUGGGCCAUCGUCGAACCCCAUCUGAGGCAGAACGCUGGCUGGAAGAGGUGGCAAAUGCAGCAAAAGCUCAACAGCAACAACAGCAACAGGAGCCUGUGCCUCAGCCUAUGGUGGCCGUGCCCAUGGCGGUACCAGCUGCUAUACAAGCUUAUCCUGUUUCAUAUGAUGCCAGCCCUGCUCCUGUUGGCAUGUUUAUUGCUCCUCAUAUGCAACCUGCCUAUAUACCUGUGGGAGGUUAUAACCCAUCCAUGGCAAACAGCAUGUCUUAUCCUACGCCCAGUGUCCCCGUGGUGGGCAUUACUCCAUCUCAAAUGGUUGCCAAUGCAUUCUGCUCUGCCACUCAAGUACUGUCCUCCAACCUCGCGAGUAAAUCCAACCCCUUCCCUCAUAGCAUACUGCACUCGUCAAUGACAAAUACCCAGAACCCAUCCCAGUCAAUCCAGUCAAAACCAAAGCCAAAUGGCACUGCCAACGGUACAUGGCCCCCAGAUCCCAGCCAGUUAAGACUGGCCUCCACCGCACAGGAAGUAGACCAGUUUGAAGCUCAGUGGGCAGCACUAGAGUCCAAGUCUCAGCAACGCAUGGCCAACCCUUUCUCCAAUGAACUCCAGAAGACAUUCCAGAUAGAAUUGUAGCCAAAAUUAUGCCAUUGUUAAACUUUAAACUUUGUUCAGGAGCAACUGCCAGUCAUGGUCGGCCAGUAGGACAUUUCUUACACGGCCAUUCUACAGACCUAAUGGGGUGGGAGGGUAUAACUGGAGAUUGUCUAAGGCAAAUAAUGAACAGACGAAAAUAGCAGGGAUGUGCAGUAGCCUAAGAGACACUUUUAAUUACAGUAGGGAUUGAGGACUGAUUCAUCUGCUGUCGUAUGUGCAAAAUUAUGCUGGAAUGAGUUUUGGAUGGGUAUAAUGGAUGAUUGGGAUAUGGAUUUAUGAAAUAUUUGAGAGCUAUAACAGUCUGUCUUAAGUGGGUUAAGCAGGUAAAGAGAUGGUUUGAGGUAAGUGACCAGAAGAGACGAGGAAAGUUGGAUUUGGUGCAAGUGUCAGAUACAUUAUUACAUCAUUUUACGCUGCAGUAGAGAAGUUCCCUGUUUUACAUUAGAUUGUACAUGUGGUGCUAUUUAUGUUGCUAUAUCCAGGGUAUCAACUCAUUGUUUACUUAUUUGUAUAGACAGUGGGGUUUGUUGUUCUGGUCCUCCAAGUAUCUGUUGCCCUAUUGCCUCCUGUGGGUAGGUGGAUGCCCCACGUCCACUGUCCUGUUGGUAUAGCUGUGGGUACAUCUGCAAGUUGCCCAGAGUGAGACAGGUUUAUGUUUCAUUGCAGAGUGCACCCAUAACCAGCCCACAGUACUGGGAGACAUAGAGACUGCAAUCAAAGAUUUCCCUAGGACUAGGUGACAUUAGUUUGGCACAAAGUGAACUGAUGUACUGUAUUAUCAUUGGGUAUUAGCGGUUCAGUCUACAAAACUUGUAACCGGUCCGAAUGUAUUUUUGGUGGUGGUUGGGGGGAGUUACUGAAUGUUUCAUCUCAUUUCUCUGUGCCAAAUUCAAAUACGUCUCAAGGUUGUGCUGUCAUUUGUGAUACUGCCAUGGUGCGAGGUUCUACGUCUUGUGUAAAACCUCUCACAACAUGAAAAUUUACAUUUAUUUUUUUGUAGUUUUAUUGUAACUUAAAUGUCAAAUGUAUUCCAUAUUUAAUAUAUAUUUUUUCCAUCUCUUAAUAUGAACCUGUAUAAAAUUGACCAAAUAAUUAGUUACCCAGGAGAAUGUCCCAUUAAUUGGAGGCAAAACUUAGACUGUGGAAUGGUAGUGAUCAUGGACAGAACCACUGGUAGCAAAUGUCUUUAUUUGAGUUGUGCAAAAAAAGUGCUAGUCUGUAUAUUCUCACACACCAUGAUUUCCAGGGGUGGUCUUCAGGUUGCCAGCAGCCAGGCUCCCGACGACCACCAUACCGGCACCGGAAUCCCGACCGCCGGCAUACCGACAUCUUUUCUUCCUCUUGGGGGUCCACGACCCCCCUGGAGGGAGAAUAGAUACGCGCCACCGUGCCCGCAAGGGGCUCAUUUGCGCUCACCCAGCUGUCGGUAUUCCAGUGGAUGGGAUUCUGGCGCCGGUAUGCUGGCCGCCGGGAGCCCGACCGCCGGCAUCACAUACUACACCCGAUUUCCAGAUACACUUGUCUGAUCAGUGAUUGGACUCUCCAACUUAUUCUCCGCUAUGCUAUGGUAAGUUAUUUUACAGGUGUGCCAGGAGCCUUUGGGCUCUUGGCACACCUACCUGUGUUUCAACGUAGGUCCACAUACAGCACCACUGUUGGGCUAGAUGUAUACCCUUCACCAACACUGCCUAGUACAAGUGUGUGCUUCCUGUCUGAUCAUAGUGGUUGUAGUCAUAAUAAGGAUUGCCUUAAUUUCUCUGUAAUCCUGGAGCGUCAAACAGCUGGGGUGUGAAGAAUGGAGACCGGAGGUAGCACAAUGUAAAAGUGCACAGCUGUCUCCUCUCCCCGUCCAUCCCCCCCGUCCAUCCCUCCAGUUUGAAAAAUUGUGCUGAGGAGGAAAGAAGCACAUCUGGGAGCUCUGGCUCCAUAAAGGAGAUUCAGUGGCCUAAUCUCACCUAAAUCAAAUGGGGGGAGCAGGUGACACUAAGGGGGAUAUUCAAUUGUUUGAAAAGUCAGUUGGGAGUCUGUUUUUUUCCCUAUCUAAUAGACAGGAAAAUACAGACACCCAACCGACUUUUCAAACAAUUGAAUUCCACUAUAAGAGUACAGUUGUUCUAGUGAACACAGAUCCCGGUGGAAGGGAUCGCUGCUCACUUUGGGAAUCAGGAGCUGCAAUAACUGAGCGUAGUGGUGGUUAUAAGGGACCCCCCCUUCUUCCCCGCAGCAGUGUAGGCGCAGUGAGGAUAGAUAGAGGGCCAGCGACACACUCAGCCAGCACAGCGGUUAUCAGAAAGGAGAGGUAGUAGAUGCUGGAGAUGUGGGGCUUCAUCGCGGUAUGACGCGCAGAAGACCCGGAGCGGGACUGGUGAGCGGCUGUGUAAGGGGCGCGGUGGCGCAGUAACACUCAGCGGCAUGUACCGAAGCCAGAGAGGAGCUCUGGGGCACUGGCGGUAGAAGGUGCCCUUGCUGUCUAGGUAGAGCAAGUAGCGAGGUGACUAAAAAUUUUCAGUGGCAGCCACCUUAAGGCGCCCAGGAGAGCGGGCAGUGAGUUAAGGGGGAGGGGUGGAGCCACAAUAUUGCAGCUCACUGAUUCUGUCUGCGGUACAUUGACAUAUGUAUAUUUAUCCCAAAGGACGCUGAUGACCGGUCCUGCUGUGGGGAGCAGCAGUGUCUUCUACAAAUCCUGAGACAAGUUAACAAUUGGUGGUGUGGGAUUUGUAAACCGCUGGCUGGUAUGUGUCUUUUCAAGCUCAAUUUUGUAUUUUAUGUUUACCAGCUGAGAACCUCUCUGUUUUAUUGCUCCCCUUAAUCCCUACAGUCUGUUUCAAUCUAUUCUAAUAGGGUGACAGAACUGCUGUGUGUACUUAUACCAUUAUCAUGGCGUCUAAAGCACCAACCAAGUGUUCUAAAUGUGAGAAAAAUGUGUUGGCAGCUCCGGGGUGUGCCACUCAUGUCUGGGUAUGGACGCACAAGCAGGUGGUAGUGGUCCGUCCGGUACAUGGGAAAAUGCCCUGGCGGAUAUUUCAAGGGAAAUGACGGUAUCUCGCAAGCAACAUUUAGAAUGGGCUGCGGGUUUUUCUAAAACUAUGGAAGAGUUCCUAAUUAGACUCACACUGCCUACACGGGUAGAGAAACCUGUGCGCAAAUCUGUAAAGAGACCCCUUCCCGCUCUGCAUGAAGAGUCAGAGGAGGAAGAGGGUCUCUUGGUAGAUGAUGACGACAGAGAGUCGAUUGAAGAGGUAUUUGAGGUUACUCCUCAGGAGGAGGAGUCUGAGGUUAAGGGGUUAGAACCCCUUAUUGAGGCAGUAAAACAGGUCCUUAACUUCAAGGAAGAAAAGGUUAAGGAACCCGUAGUUUUCGAUCUGUUUGAGUCUCAAAAGCCACAAACAGUAGUGUUUCCUAUACCUAAGACACUACAGGACCAGAUGAGUGAAGCUUGGAAGCAACCUGAUAUUCGGUUUCAAUUGCCCAAGAAAUUUGCGGUGAAUUAUCCCUUGCCUAAGGGGGUUAUGAUGAAACGGGAGGUUCCACCCAAUGUGGAUGUGUCCUUGACUAAUUUGUCAAAAAAGACGAUCUUGCCUAUACCAAUUGAGACUACAUUAAAGGAUGCUUCGGACCGUAAGUUGGACACGGCACUUAAAUCCAUCUUUGCGGCAGCAGGAGCAUCCCACAGACCGAUGUUGGUAAGUGCCUGGGUUAAUAAGGCUAUUGUUGCAUGGGCUGGCCAGAUAGUUCGCGCAGCAGCCGAAGAUAAUAACCAGGAGAUAUCCCGUUGAGCGGAGCAUAUCCGUGAGUCAGCCAUUUACAUUUGCCAGGCUGCAAAGGAUGCUAGCAGGAUAGCGUCACAUAUUUCGGCUUCGGCAGUUUCGGCCACACGAAUACUCAGACUCAAAGAAGGCAGUCGAAGCCAUUUUGUCAGUGAGACACUGUUUGGUCCCGAAUUGGACAAAUGGAUUUCACAGGCCACUGCUGGAAAAUUGACUUUCCUGCCUACGGCAUAUCCAAGAUCCAUGCCAGCUACAGGGCGGCGUUAUUCUGGUCCAGCUUUUACUUCAUUUAGGACACAGUCCUUUCGUGCCAGAGGUAGAGGUUUUGGAGGACAAUCUCGUGGGAACAGAGGCAGAUGCCAUUCCCAAUAAACAGCCCAAAAGCAGGAUUCUAAAGCCACUGACAAGACUGGGGCAUGACGGUCUCCUAGCUCAUCUUGGUUCUCCCAAGGUGGGUGCCCGGUUGACAAGGUUUCAGGAAGCCUGGGCCGAAACCUCUCCAGAAGUCUGGGUCAGCAAUAUAGUCUCCCAGGCCUACAAGAUAGAAUUUCUAAUCUGUCCCCACAGUCAAUUCUUUACUACAGGUCUACCUCGGUGCCCUCAAAAGGCAAGGGCAUUAGAGACAGCAAUCCAAAAGUUGCUUCUACAAGAGGUAAUUGUUCCGGUUCCGGUACCACAGAAGGGGACGGGUUUUUAUUAAAAUCUUUUUGAGGUACCCAAACCAGAUGGCUCUGUCAGACCCAUUCUACAUUUAAAAGUGUUAAAUCAAUUCCUGCUUACAGUUUACCAGAUCAAGAUGGAAUCGAUACAGUCGGUCAUUGUAGGUUGGGAACAACAGGAAUUCCUGGUGUCAAUGGACAUAAAGGAUGCGUACUUUCAUGUUCCGAUUUGGACACCACAUCAGGCAUAUCUGAGGUUUUCUGUGGAGAAAAACCACUACCAAUUCAGAGCACUACCAUCGGCUCCAAGGAUCUUCACAAAGAUCAUGAUGGUCAUGGUAGCAAAAUUGAGGUCUAUAGGGAUGACAAUAAUACCUUAUCUGGGCGACCUUCUUAUCAAGGCUCCGUCCCCAGAAUUCUUGAUUCGGGACGCAUGGGUCACGUAUCGGGUCCUGACUCAACACGGUUGGAUUGUUAAACUUCAAAAUAUCCAACCUGCUACCACCAACCCAAAGGAUACAAUUUCUUGGGAAUCAUCCUAGACACGAUACAGUUGAGAGUCUUUCUCCCAGAGGACAAUAUCCAAGACAUCAGAAACAUGGUUUGCCAGGUUUUACAAAAUCAGACUGUCUCUCUACAUCUUUGUAUACGAAGGGAUACAAAAAGGGAUUCUAGGGAAGAUGGUAGCAUCUUUUGAAGCUAUUCAAUACGGCAGGCUUCACUCAAGACCGUUCCAGAUGAACCUGUUCACACAAGGGGCAGGCACACAUCUGUGUCUUCACAAGAAGAUUCAUAUGUCACCUUAGGCCAGAAUUGCGCUGAUCUGGUGGUCGAUCCACAAUAACCUGUCUGCGGGAAAAUGGUUUGGAAUUUGGGAUUAGAUCAUUUUGACAACAGAUGCAAGUCUCAGAGGUUGGGGUGCAGUACUGGGAAACUAUCAGUUCCAGGGGAGGUGGUCACCGUACGAGAAUUGUCUACCAAUAAAUGUACUGGAAUUACAAGAUAUCUACAAUGCACAUCUGCAAGUGGAGAGCCUAGUACGUGAAGGUCCAAUCGGACAAUGUGACGGCAGCAGCGUAUAUAAACUGACAAGGAGGAACAAAGGAGGCAUUAAAGGAGGCAACAAGGAUUCUGUUGUGGACAGAGAGGCACAUCAUCAUCCUGUCAGCCAUCUUUAUUCCAGGAGUGGACAACUGGGAAGCAGACUACCUCAGUCGCCAAGACAUGCACCCAGGAGAGUUGAGUGUACACCCUCAAGUUUUCGACGCCGUAGAACGAAGAUGGGGGUUACCACAAGUACAGUAGAUCUAAUGGCUUCUCGACACAAUCGACAACUUCCAAGAUUUGUGGCCAGAACUUGGGACUCAGCAGCAGAGGCAGUGGAUGCGCUGGCGAUUCCCUGGUCAUACGAUCUGGUAUACAGUACAUAUUUCCACCAUUUCCUCUAAUACCAAAGGUGUUGAAGAAGGUGAAACAGGUAGCAGCGUGGGUGAUUCUGAUAGCACCGGACUGGUCUCUCAUAAGUUGGUACUCACAUCUGAGGGGCCUACUAGCGGAAGAGCCUUGGCGGUUGCCGCAGAGGGAAGAUGUGUUAUCGCAGGGUCUAUUUCUACAUCCAGACCUAAAUCGCCUACGUUUGACAGCGUGGUUCUUGAGACCAGGAUCCUGAAGGAACAGGGUAUUCCGAAAUCGGCUAUCCCUACCAUGUUGGCAGCUAGAAAGCUGGUUACUGCGGCGCACUAUUAUAGAAACUGGAGGAAAUACAUGGAUUGGUGCCAGUCUAAGGGUUGGAACCCCAGACAAUUUCACCUUACUAGAUUGUUGCGUAUUCUACAAGUGGGUUUGGAUGGAGGUUUGAUGUUGGGGUCCUUGAAAGUCCAGGUCUCAGCCCUUUCAAAAAAUUUUCAACAACAUCUGACGUCCUUACAGGAGGUACAGACAUUUCUGCAGGGAGUGUUGCGACUUCAACCACCUUUUUUGUCCCCCCACAGCUCCAUGGGACCUAAACCUGGUGUUUAGAUUUUUUGAGAUCUGACCUCUUCGAGCCUUUGGAAGGGGCAGAUCUUAAAUAUGUGUUCUGGAAGACGGUCUUGCUCCUUGCAUUGGCUUCAGCAAGGAUAGUAUCGGAAUUGGGAGCCCUAUCCUGUAAGAGCCCUUUUCUUGUUUUCCACGAGGAUAGAGUGGAAUUCCGUACUAGAGCCGAGUUCUUACCUAAGGUGGUUUCAGGUUUUCACAUACACCAACCAAUUGUGGUCCCAUCCUUUCAGAUAUCAGAGGGGGACUGUUCCCAAGAUGUGGUCAGGGCUUUAAGGGUUUAUGUACAGGCUACGAGUUCCCUUAGUAAGUCAGAUGUUUGUUUGUGCUGUAUAAUGGACCCAAGAGGGGUUGGCCAGCUACAAAACAAACCUUAUCCAGAUGGAUGAGACUCGCCAACAGACAAGCGUAUGUCUCCAAUGGUAAGAUAGUUCCGUUUCGGGUGGGUGUUCAUACCACCAGGUCAGUAGGAGCCUCUUGAGUGGCUGCCAGAGGAGCUUCUACUGCCCAACUUUGUAGAGCAGCAACGUGGUCAUCCACACACGCGUUCACGCGCUUCUACAAAGUUGAUAAUAUUGCGGCUAAAGAAUCCAAGUUUGGCCGUUUGGUUCUGCAGGCUUUGGACAGCACUCCCGCCCAUGGGAGUAUCUUUAGGACAUCCCCAGCUGUUUGACUCUCCAGUGUCCCCUAGUGGAUGACAGAGAAAAGAGGAUUUUGGUACUUACCGAUAAAUCUGUUUCUCUGAAUCCACUCGGGGACACUGGACGCCCGCCUCAGUGCUGCCAGCCUGUGUGAUUAUAGUUAUAUUGGCUCAAAUAACUUUAGAACAAAGUUUGGUAGUUUCUUGGUUGAUGGUUAACAUUAUGGUAUGGUUGGUUCCUUCCCGAAUGUUUUGAGGGAACCUCCUCUCUCCGUCAAUUUUUCAAACUGGAGGGACGGGGGGCGUGAAGGGGGAGAACCCAGCAGUGCACUUUUGUUUUUUUGUUUUUUACAUUGUGCUACCUCCGGUCUCCAUUCUUCACACCCCAGCUGUUUGACUCUCCAGUGUCCCUGAGUGGAUUCAGAGAAAUAGAUUUAUCGGUAAUUACCAAAAUCCUCUUUUCUAUGAGUAAGCUGCCUAUCAAUUUGCUAGAAACCAGUGACUCCACUGAGGUAUGAAGUACCUCAUACCUCAGUGAUGUCAGUUUCUAGUAAAUUGAUAAGCUGGGUUUUGAGUCAUCCACACAAAAUGACUGCCUCCAAUGUGUAUAGGCGAUUAAUCCACUUCUAGGACAUCCAGUGCCAUAGCCUCCUCCAUUGCAGAGGUUGCAGGAGCACAGAUGUUAAGGUUGGCCAGCAAUACACUGUUGCCCAAGUACCUUCUCCCAAGGUCCCUUAUUGUUCAAAAAAACAAGCCUUUUUAAAGUAUGUGCAAGUCCAGUGCAUGAUCUCCUAUGAGGCCUCUGCUCUACUGUCAUCUGAGCAGGAACCUGAGAGGCUAGAGCAGGGAUGGGGAACCUUCGGUCCUCCAGCUGUUGUUGAACUACACAUCCCAGCAUGCCCUGCAACAGAUUUAGCAUGGUCAAAUAGCAAAACUGUAGCAAGGCAUGCUGGUAUGUGUAGUUCAACAACAGCUGGAGGGCCGAAGGUUCCCCACCCCCGGGUUAGAGCUUACCCAAAUGAUAUUAUGGGCCUAGGGAUGCACUGUUCCACUCGUGGGUACAAAUGUGUUACUGUGGGCCGCACACUGUCUGUUACUGAGCCAGAAGGAAACAUUGGUACUAACUGUACAUAACUGCAGAUAAAUUAUACAGCGCUUGGACUUAUGUCCGGAGGUGCUCAGGAAACCCAACAAAUGUUUCAAAUACUGUAGUAACUUCCCAACACCACUACUCCAUAUCCAUAGACUAACCUCUUCUUCUAACACUUUUUCUUGCCAGAGAGCAUAAGUCACCUUCCUGGUUAUUGUAAUAGGUCAUUGUUGAGAAUAUUCCUGGGACAGGUGGGAUAUUCGCUGGAUAGAUGCAUUUCCCAGUGUAUGAUGAAGGAAAUCCCUAAAUUAUCACCAUGGAGGUACAGUACUUGGAGAACGGCGUUGAGAAGCCUUUCUGUGUACUGGCCCAAUGUGCAGCCCAUACUGUAUCUGUGUAUACAUUGUGUGUACGUGACUGCUAGUAUCAGACAUUACACCGUUUCCUGGGAUCCUUGUAGAAAGAUUCACAAUUAUAUCUGGCUUUGUAAAGACUGUAAAAAUAAAUAGAACUACAAUAAUAAUAUACUGUAAACAAUAUGUGAACUUUAAUUUUAUACCCAGCACCCUGUAAAAGCGCUUAUCCCACAGACAACAGGAAUUGGAUAAUUGCUGACAUUAGCCAUAACAUAAUAAUAUAUCUCUAUAAACUAUAACCAUAUAUAAUGUGUAUGUUAACACAUCUGUACAUGUAACAUAUUCAGAAGACUUGACUCAGGUGUCUGUUUAAACUGUAAAUUGCCUUCAUUAUAGAUUAUACGCAGAUCAUGUGUCUGUGAGUGUACAAAUUCCACAUAUACAUUAUAUAACGUGUUUACAUAUAAGAUGUGUAUGUACAUGCUGGAUAUAUUCAGGUGUCACAAAUGGAGACUAAGGCGCCUGAAUAAAACCAUUACAUCUAUUAAAAAAAAAAAUGUAAUGGACCUAAAUUAUUAGUUGCUCUCUAUGAAAGAGAUACUAGCUACAUUCACAUUAUACAGGCAGGCUUGGUUCUAUAUUAAGGGGGGAAGGGAGGCAGGCAUUUUUUUCCAUGCAUACCAAGUUCCUUGGCUUUAAGUCUAUUGAUGCGGUCGCUGCGACGGGAAACAUGGCCACUCUGCACCUGCCUACGCAGCCAGGCUGCACAGGCAGGGGGACAGCCCUAAUUUUGCAGGGACAGCGAUGCAAUCGCAUUUGAAAUGUCACAUGUUCUGCAAUGCGUAUCAGUUUUAUAUAGAAUAUAUAUAUAUAUAUAUAUAUAUAUAUAUAUAUACUGUAUAUAUAAUAUAGUGAGUGUUGUAACUUGUAAGUGCCUCUUUCAUACAGCAGUGACUUGUAUUUGGUGACAAUUACACAAUGCAGAGCUUCCGCCCCUUGGACUGUCCCAGGUAAAGGAUCACAGUCAUUAGUAGGCAAUCUGAUUAUCACUCAAUCACUGCCGUUAUCACACAUUUGUGACCAGGUAAUACUGCUGGAGUAAUGACACUGCCACUCGCACUAUUUGAAUCUGACUUUAAUUUAUCAUUUAUGAAAAUCUGACUCAUCCUCCCUGUCCCCUAAUCUGUUCUCCAGCCUAACAACUUGAAGAGCAAAUCCUGACUUUCCAAAUUUUGUGUCUAAAAAAGAAAAGCCCAAACCUUCUGUAUUUGUAUUAUAACAUUGUGGACAGUUAAAUAAAUACAGUGAACUCCUAAA